AUGAUUAACGGUCUUAACGGCCUGAGCUCGCUUGAUCCAGUGGUUUAUAUAACCGCUGGACCGGUGCAUCGCAUUGAAUCCUCGUCGUCGCUCACGUUCACUCACAUGCUUCAUAGUCGUUACAGCUCCAAGGAAGAUUUGAAUGCUUAUGCUGUGCAUCCUGCGCACGUUGAUGUUGUGAGGGAGGCGGUUAGGCCGAUUGUUGAGGACUCAAUGGCGGUGGAUUGGAUCGUUGAUGAGCUCGAUGGAGCAGUGGCGGUAGCAGCAGGAUCCGCGAUGAGGGUGAAGUUGUUGAGAAUCAAGGAUGGAUUAAGUGACGAAGUAAGUGAUGCUUUGUUUGAAGUGAUUGGAGGACUCAAGAGUAAGUUCCCGGUGAUGAGUCAGAUUAGUUAUGGUAAAAACUUUUCGCCUGAGAGAGCCAAGGGGUUUUCGAUUGCUUCGUUAGCUGUGGUUGCUGGUGUGAUUGAAUUGGAUGAUCUGGAUGUGAAUUCGGAGGAGCUGGAUUCGCAGAAGGAGAGAGUUAAGGAUACGGUGGACAGUGUGUUGGUGAUUGACUAUGUGAUUCAGCCGUAG